AGGACGCUCCGCAGACUCGGUGCCGGCCGGCUCUCUCUCCGCGCUCUGCGUCCGCCACGGCGAACAUGGCCUCAGGAGUGCAAGUUGCUGAUGAAGUAUGUCGCAUUUUUUAUGACAUGAAAGUUCGGAAGUGCUCCACACCAGAAGAAAUCAAGAAAAGAAAGAAGGCUGUCAUUUUUUGUCUCAGUGCAGACAAAAAGUGCAUCAUUGUAGAAGAUGGCAAAGAGAUCUUGGUUGGAGAUAUUGGUGUAACCAUAACUGAUCCUUUCAAGCAUUUUGUGGGAAUGCUUCCUAAAAAAGAUUGUCGCUAUGCUUUGUAUGAUGCAAGCUUCGAAACAAAGGAAUCCAGAAAAGAGGAGUUGAAAUUUUUUUUGUGGGCACCAGAACUAGCACCUCUGAAAAGUAAAAUGAUCUAUGCGAGCUCCAAGGAUGCGAUCAAAAAGAAAUUUCAAGGCAUAAAACACGAAUGUCAAGCAAAUGGGCCAGAAGAUCUCAAUCGGGCUUGUAUUGCAGAAAAGCUAGGUGGAUCCUUAAUUGUAGCUUUUGAAGGAUGCCCUGUGUAGGUCAUCAUUCAGUGCCACAGAUGGAAAGCUUAUGUGUUUAAUGUUAUCCUCUUGCUACAUAAGUAAAGCAAAUACGUUUAGGCCAGGGACUUGCUGAGAGGGAGCUGUCUUGUCACUUGGUUAGGGUAAAUGAACUAUUCUAUGAACAUGUGCAAAUGGCCCUAAAUAAAUCUAAACUCUAAAGUUUCAUCGGUGUGAAA